CGGCGCACCUCUCGCCCGAGCCUGCCAACCGCGUGGAAAUGCAGCUGAGGGCGUGGGGGGUUCCUCCUGCUGCCUGUCCCUUGUGCCUGCAUGGGUGGCCCUACAGAGUGGAAAAUCGCAGGUCUGAAUUAUGAAUAGACGUAGAGGUCAUGGGGGCGAAGGCUGGGGUGCUUGGGUCCUGUGAGUCAGGUCUGGCACACACGUUUGUCCUGGGGCACAGGGAGUAAUUGCCAUGGUCGUGGGAACGUCCCCAGGGCUCUCUGGGGGUGGUCAGAGGCUGUGGAGAGGGGCUGGGAAAAGUGACACUUCCAAGUUGAAGGUCAGGUGAGUGAGCGCCAGUCACUUGGGCACAGAGGCUAUGUGUAGGGGACCACUGCUGCUUAGGGUUCAGCACAGCCCUCCCUGCUCCCUGCUGCCUCCCACCUCCACAUCCAUGCUGGGCACACUCCUAGGGUGGCAGGCCCCCAUACCCACCGGUCGCCACCCUUAGGUUGGGGACGGGCUGGGGACGCCUCAGGGUUGAGGUGUUGGCUGCUCUGUGGCCCCCGGGCCUGUUCAGCUAGCUGGGCAGUGGCUCAGCCUCUCCCCAUCUCCUCCAGUCCGGGCUGGCUCGGAACUCACCCAGGGCCCUAGUCUGGGGUCUCCCUGGAAGCUCCUGGUAACAAACAGCCCCUCCCCUUCCAGGUGCUGGUAACCAUGGAAACGGUAUAAAGCCCUUCCGUCUCCAGGCCUGCUUGGAGCUCAGGCCUCAGGUGAGUGUUGGGAGUGGGGCCUUGGGUUGGCACCUCUGGGGUCAUUUGCUCUAGGUUGAGGGCAAGGGUGGCAGGGAGGACACAACAGGGAAACGUUCCCUGGUGGGUGACCUGCUGCCUGGCCUGGUCAGAAACACACAGGUAUGGACUCCCAUGUGACCACAGUCUGGUGUCCUCUCAGGUAGACAUGCCCACGUGUGGGCCUCCUCAGAGAGUGAUGCCCUGCGAACUGGCAGUGCUGCCUGGAUCUCUCCAACAUGUAUGUGUGUGUGUGUGUGUGUAUGUGUGUGUGUGUGGCACCACACAUGGAACACAGGGCAGACUCAGCCCCAUCACCCUUCCCAGCUUCCCAGGAACAUCAGGAAUGGCCUCUGAGUCUGGCCAGGAGGCUGAGGGAGCCAAGGAGGAGGCACCCCUGUCGCUGGCAGAUCAAGAGCCGGUCAGUGGUGACCUAGGGUCUCCAGCUGGCACACUGGCAGACCCCACAGUUCCCAUGUGCCCACAGGACACCAAGCCCCACCCCACACGGGUGGUCUAUCCUGUCAACUUGCAGUUGGCCCCAGAGUCCCUGGACCCCUGCACCCUCCGGCUGCUGUGGGGACAGCGAGAACUGGAGAUCCAGGCCUUGCGGUGGGCAGUCCAGAAUGGCCAGAGCGCCCGGCACUGUCGCAUCCUGCAGGAGGUGGUCAGCUUCCCCACCACUGCUGAGAGGAGCUCUUGCUUGACCCAGAGGCAGACUGCUGAGAUUGCCCCCUCCAGGAGUUCCUGUCGUCAGGAAAAGCUCCUGCAGAACCAGGUCCGGAAGCUGACCCUGGAGCUAAAAGAGCAGAAGGCACAGGCCCAGCGGGAGAAGGAGGACCUGGAGGAGCGGCUGCUGCAGACCACCAACAUGCUGCAGCAGCUGGAGGCCGAGCUGCAGGCCUUCCAGAAGUCUUGCCUCCUGCGACUGGCUCAGUCCUCGUGGGUGGGCCGAAUGCUUCGAUCCCAGACUGGCAGUGUGGAGGUGGUGACAGCAGAGACCCUGAUGGACCCCAGCGACUUCUCUGAUGACCAGACUCCCCCUGCUGGGGAGAGUUUCCGGCUAGAGGAUGUGGACUGGAACAGCAUUGCCCACCGGUACCCCAACCUCUUCACCAACAUGGAGUCCACCUCAGGGCACAAGCAUCCCCGGUCACCCCCACUGCCUGACACAUGGGGCUUGGAGUCCCCUAGCAAGCGCAUGGAGGGGCACCACAAGAGCGUCGAGUGGAGCACCCUGCCCAGCAUGGGCACCAGCAGCUCGGGGGGCGCAGACUCUGACUCCAGCAGCGGCCAGCUGCAUGUGCCUUUCCGCGUGCAGAAGGUGACCGGGCACCCACCCCAGUCGAGGAGCUUCGCUUCUGAGCAGAUCCAGACUUGUCUGAGGAGCUUCGGCAGAGACUCGUCCUCGCGGCUGGAAGAUUUGCAGAAAACCCACUCUGACCAGCCUAGCAAGACCGUCGCGACGUCCGAGCCCAGCGCAGACGCCGAGCAGCAGCAUUUCGGACCUGGGCCGAGCCCGACUGGCUACUGCCUGAAGAUCGUGGAGGUGAGCCGCCGAGAGAAGUUCGUCCGCAUCCUCAACCAGUCUCCGGACCGCACAGCCGACCUGGGCGGCUUGGUGCUGAAACAGCUGAUGCGCGACUUCCCGGUGUGCACGUACCGCUUCCCGCCCGGCACGCUGCUGGCGCCUCGGCACCAUGUCACGGUGCGCCCCGCUCCCCCAGCCCGCGAGGCCUGUCGCCCACCUGGGCGCCCCCUCACCCCUCGCUCCGCGCCGUUCCAGGUAUGGGGCGAGGGUGCCGGCAGCACCAGGCAUCAGCUGUGCCCGUCCUCGGGCCACCAGCCCGUGCACUUCCGUGGAGACAGCGGCCGCGUGACUCUCCUCCUAAGCCCCGGGGGCGAGGUCCUCAGUGAGCACCAGGUCCCGCGCUGCGUGGCUCCGGUCUCAGGGACCUUCGCCGACAACACCGACCUGUCCAUCGACUGCUUCCCGCUCUCCAAUACGCGCGAGGAGCCGCGCCGGCCUCGACCCCCGCGCAAGGCCCGGGUGCGGGAGGCCCGAGUCGGCCGCCGGAGGCCAGGGUGGGGACCCCCGGUCCCUCGGUCCCCGCCUCCUCUCCAGGCCCCGCCCCAGCAAAAACCGUCUUGGACUCCCUCCAUAGGCUUCCGCUCCGCUAGGACCGCGGCCCUGGCCUGGUGCUGCCUAGGACCACCACCUCCCACCCAGGUCCGGCCCCGGCCGGUGCCCGCCCCCCGGUUCUCCAGGACGCCCCUCCGGCCCUCCUCCUCCCCAGGCCCGGUAUUGCCAGGACCGCCUGUCGUGGACUGGCUGCGGCCCUCACGACGCCCUCGCCCCAACAGGACGCGGGGCACCUUGCCACUUACGAGCGCCCGCAAGUUCUUCCCCCGGCGGAAGGUACCGGUGCCACGCGAGGGCGCAGAGCCCCGGACGCCGGAGCUGCUGCCCGCCAUCCCGGGUGGGCGCGGGGACGCGGAGGGAGGCGCGGGCCGGCGGGGAGGCGCGGGCAGGCCUGACCCACCCCACCACUGCCCCGCGCAGAGGCCGGGCCGGGCUUCGAGGACCGCCAGGUCCGGAAGGAGGCUAAGGUCCGGGUGUGCCGGAAGAGGGUGGACGCCGGCUGCCCGAUGGUGGCGCUGUCCGUGCAAACCACGGCCGAGAGCAGAUACGGCUUCCGCUUCCUCAGCUGCCUGCCGCUCACCGCGGACACGUGCCGGCGGGCCUAGGCGCGCGGGAGGCUCGGGAGGCGCGGGCUGGGCGGGCAGCGCUAGCUGCAAGCUUUAUUGAACCAAUGUCGCCCACAAAGUAAACCGCACUUAAGCACACCCGAGAGUCGGAAAUGAUUCACUUGAUUUCUGGCUGCCCCAUCCCUGCAU